AUGGCCGCUCGUCCUCAGAACAUCGGUAUCAAGGCCAUUGAGGUCUACUUCCCUUCCCAGUGUGUCGACCAGACUGAGCUCGAGAAGCACGAUGGCGUCAGCGAGGGAAAAUACACUAUUGGUCUCGGCCAGAAGAAGAUGAGCUUUUGUGAUGACCGUGAGGACAUCUACUCCAUGUCCCUCACCACCCUCGCCUCCCUUAUGAAGAAGUACAACAUCGACCCCAAGUCCGUCGGUCGUCUCGAGGUUGGCACAGAGACCCUUCUGGACAAGUCCAAGUCCGUCAAGUCUGUCCUGAUGCAGCUGUUCGCUCCUUACGGCAACACCAACAUUGAGGGUAUUGACACCGUCAACGCCUGCUACGGUGGUACCAACGCUGUCUUCAACAGCAUCAACUGGCUCGAGUCCUCCGCCUGGGACGGCCGCAACGCCAUUGUUGUCUGCGGUGAUAUUGCUCUGUACGCCGCUGGCGCUGCCCGCCCCACUGGUGGUGCUGGCUGUGUUGCCAUGCUCAUUGGUCCCGAUGCCCCUAUUGUCUUCGAGCCCGGUCUCCGUGCCUCUUACCUCACCCACGCCUACGACUUCUACAAGCCCGACCUCACCAGCGAGUACCCCGUUGUUGACGGCCACUUCUCCCUGAAGUGCUACACCGAGGCUGUUGAUGCUUGCUACAAGGCCUUCGACGCCCGCGAGAAGUUCCUCAAGGGCGACACCAACGGCAACAACGGUGCCACCGACGAGUCUCAGACCCCUCUGGACCGUUUCGACUACAUCCUUUUCCACGCCCCUACCUGCAAGCUGGUCCAGAAGUCCUUCGCUCGCAUGCUCUACAACGACUACCUUGCCAACCCCUCCCACCCCGCCUUCGCUGAGGUUGCCCCUGAGCUCCGUGACCUCGACUACGCUGCCUCUCUGACCGACAAGGCUGUCGAGAAGACCUUCAUGGCUCUGACCAAGAAGCGCUUCGCUGACCGUGUCCAGCCCGGUCUUCACGUUGCCGGUCUCUGCGGUAACAUGUACACCGCUACCGUCUACGCCGGUAUUGCCAGUUUGCUCAGCCACAUCACUUUCUCCCCCAGCGAUCCCAAGCGUAUCGGUCUCUUCAGCUACGGCAGUGGUCUCGCCUCUUCUCUGUUCAGCGCCAAGAUUGUCGGCGAUGUCUCUGAGAUGGUUGAGAAGCUGGACCUCAAGAACCGUCUUGAGUCCCGCACAGUCCUCGCCCCCGCUGCCUACGAUGAGAUGUGCAAGCUGCGUGAACACGCUCACCUGAAGAAGAACUUCAAGCCUUCCGGUAACGUCGAGACUAUCCAGUCUGGUGUCUACUACUUGACCGAGGUGGAUGACAUGUUCCGCCGCAAGUACGAGAUCAAGGCAUAA